AUGACUCAAUAUAUCCCUAUCUAUCUAUCUAUCUAUCUAUCUAUAUUCAUUGCAAUCAACCAGAAGUUGGAAAUUGUCAAAGAGGAAUCAGUUCGCUUUGAUUCAGAUGUUCCUGAGUUCAAGACUUCAGGUGGUGUACAUUCUCAAGCUGAUGGUAUGACAGUGACAGCACCCACUUUGAUGUGGGUGAAGGCAUUGGAUGUUAUCUUAGAUCAACUAAAAGCUGAUGGAUUUGAUUUUUCAAAAGUUGCUGCUAUUUCAGGAACUGGUCAGCAACAUGGAAGUGUUUAUUGGAAGAAAGGAGCAGAGACCAUCUUGAAAAAUCUGAAGCCAGAGCAGACGCUUCACCAGCAGCUAAAGGAUUGUUUCAGCAUUGCAGACAGUCCCAUUUGGAUGGAUGCAAGUACGAGCCGUCAGUGUCAACAGCUUGAAUCUGCAGUGGGUGGAGCUGAUCGUCUGGCUGAAAUUACUGGAUCCCGUGCUUAUGAAAGGUUCACUGGAAAUCAAAUAGCAAAAAUCUUUCAAAAUGACCGUUAUGCUUAUGAUGACACAGAAAGAAUUUCAUUGGUCAGCAGCUUUGGAGCUUCCUUGAUGAUUGGCAAAUAUGCUCCAAUUGACUACAGCGAUGGGUCUGGAAUGAAUCUGUUAGAUAUCAGGAAGAAACAGUGGUCUGAAGAAUGCCUGCAGGCCUGUGCUGAGAAAUUGGCUGAAAAACUUGGACCUGUGGUAAAGUCAACAGAGAAUGUGGGGAACAUCAGUCCAUACUUUGUACAGAAAUAUGGAUUCCUUGCUGAUUGUGCUAUCAUUGCAUUCACAGGAGAUAAUCCAGCUUCCCUUGCUGGGAUGAGGCUCCAGGAAGGAGAUGUAGGGGCCAGUCUUGGAACAAGUGAUACACUAUUCCUAUGGCUAACUGAACCUGAGCCUGCUCUGGAAGGUCAUAUUUUCAUCAAUCCUGUGAACAGUGAUGCAUACAUGGCCCUUCUCUGCUUCAAAAAUGGCUCUCUUACUCGAGAAAAUAUCCGUGAUGAAUGUGCAGAGGGAUCAUGGGAUAAAUUUACUAAUCAUCUGAUGACCACACCCCCUGGUAAUAAUGGCAAAAUUGGUAUUUACUUUGAUGUGAUGGAAAUUCAGCCAUUACUGAAAGGAAGAUUUCGGAUUGAUGAAGAAGAUCAGUGUGUUUCCUCUUCAUUUAAAAAUGAGGAAGAAGUACGAGCUGUUAUCGAAGGUCAAGUAAUGUCUCGAAGGGUUCAUGCAGAAACAUUAGGAUUCAAGAUUUUACCAAAAACCAGAGUUUUAGCCACAGGUGGUGCAUCUCAAAACAAAAUCAUCUUGAAGAUUAUGUCGGAUAUCUUAAAUGCUCCUGUUUAUACACAAGAUGUUGCUAACUCUGCAAGUCUUGGUGCAGCCUAUCAAGCAGCUCGAGGAUUGAUGGGCAAUGGAAAGUUCAAUGAACUGCUUGAAAAUCUUUCAGCCAUGACUUGUAUUGCUGAACCGGAUCCAAAGUCAAAAGAUAUGUAUACACAACUGUGUGCUAGAUACAAGAUGUUGGAGAAAAAAAUUUCUAAAACAGAAGACAGUGCAUAA